AAAACAAUUAAAAAAAAAGGCGAACUAGCAGCACAUAAAUGGCGAAGUCGUUUUGGACGACCAUCUAAAAUACCAGCUUUUGACCCAGAUCCAACAGGAUCUUAUUGUGCGAUACCAGUUGACUGGCUUAAGCGAAAAUUGGCUGAGAAAGCACCACCACCUAGCACACAAGAUUUAUGGAAAAUUUUUAUGGUUAAUGCAGUUCCUUUUAUUGGCUUUGGUUUUUUGGACAAUUUUACUAUGAUAAUAGCGGGUGAUUACAUUGAGCAUUGUUUUGGUAUGUUUAUGUGUAUAUCAACAAUGGCAGCAGCCGGUUUGGGUAAUACAAUUAGUGAUGUUUUAGGUAUUGGUUCAGCAUAUUAUGUUGAAAGAGGAUGUGAAAUGUUAGGUUUAAAAGCACCUGAUCUAACACCAAUUCAAAUGGAUAUGAAAUCUAGUCGAAGAGCUGGUAAUAUGGGCCGAAUAUUUGGUAUCACAGCUGGCUGUUUAAUUGGCAUGUUUCCUUUACUAUUUAUCGAUAGUACAAAGAAAAAGGAUGACGAGAAAAAAGAUUAAAUUUAAUUUAUAUAAAAGAAAAAGAACUUAUAUAAAUAUUUAAUAUCGAAAUAAUUUGACGAAAAUGAAAUAUACUAAAUAUUUUCAAAAGUAAAUUUGAAAAAAAUAAAAAGUUAAUAACGUCAUAAAUUAAAAUAAGUUUAAAAACAAAAAUUAAUUUAAUUAAUUAAGACGUUUUUAUGUAGUAAAAAAUAAAUUACACAAAAAAUUAAAAUGAAUGAAAAAACUAAUUUAAAAAUUAAAAAGCGAUU